CAGUUAUCAUUGUCCACAACUUGUGCAAAGAGUACAGAUAUGGGAAGGCUUGUUCUACUUCAUGUUUCAAAAGGCAGCAGAAGAGAAAAUUGGCUACCAAAAAUGUUUCUUUUUGUGUUAAAAAAGGAGAAAUAUUAGGUCUUCUGGGACCAAAUGGUGCUGGUAAAAGUACAACAAUUAGCAUGAUAAUGGGAGAUGUGGAUCCAACUGCUGAGCAGGUGCAGAUCAAAGGAGCUACGACAGAGGAAAAUGCUGCUCUUGGCUACUGUCCUCAGGAGAAUCCGCUCUGGUCCAACCUGACCAUGAAAGAACAUUUGGAGAUUUUUGCAGCCAUAAAAGGGAUCAGGAAGGAUGAUGCUACGAUGGCCAUUAAUCGAAUAGCUCGAGUUCUAUUCCUCGAAGAGCAUUUAAAAAAGACAACUAAGACAUUAUCUGCUGGAUUAAGUCGAAAAUUGUGCUUUGCUCUGAGCAUGUGGAGUAAUCCUACCGUGUGGCUACUAGAUGAACCAACCACUGGCCUGGAUCCCAAAGGAAAACACCAAGUGUGGUAAGUGACCUGUGCAUUGAACUUUUAGGAGUAGUUUUGCACACUUACAGUUGUACUAAAAAUGCAUUGCCAAACUCUUAUAUUUUAUAUCUCAACAAU